CAUCGUUCAGGUACUACAAAAGUACACAAUUCUCACUGUUCUCAAAUUUGUACAUAUUCUUCGAUUUUAACAAGGACCGCUCUUCUGUUCACAUGGAUCUGUUCUCUUUGUUAUUGCUUCUGCAAUCCCUUUCCUCAUCUUAUGCCCAGAAUGCAGGCAAAAUCAAGCCUGAAAAGCCCGUCCCAUUCAUCGUAAAAGAGUGUGCAAGUGGAUCAAACUGCAAGGAUCUUUCUGGUGGCCUGACGAUCGAUGCCAAUUGGCGUUGGACACAUGAUAAGGAUCAGGAAGGCCAGAAAUGUUACGACGGGAGCGCCUGGACUCAAGCUUGCUCAGGCACCGGUGAAGAAUGCGCAAAAAAAUGCGUGAUCGAAGGUGCCGGAGACUAUGACGCUACAUACGGUGUCAAAGGCGAUGGAAAAGAUGGUGUGACUCUGAAAUAUGUAACCAAGAAUGACAAUGGUAAAAAUGCUGGUUCGAGGAUGUACUUCCUCGAACAGGGCGGCGAAAAGUACCACAUGUUCAAGCUGAAAAACAAGCAAUUCGAGUUUGAUGUGGAUGUGUCCAAUCUUCCUUGUGGUGUCAAUGGAGCUCUGUACUUUACGGCCAUGGAACAGGAUGGUGGAAAGUCAAAAAACCCAACCAAUGGGGCAGGGGCAAAGUAUGGCACUGGUUAUUGUGACGCGCAAUGCCCCAAAGAUAUCAAGUGGAUCAAUGGAAAAGCAAACAACAAGGGCUGGAAAGGUGAUGGAGCCAAUGUAGGAGCAGGUGAUAUGGGAGUGUGCUGUCCUGAAAUGGACAUUUGGGAAGCAAAUUCAUUUGCCCAGGCAUUCACUUCACAUACCUGCAAAUCCCUAACAGCGGCGGUAUGUACUGGUGAUCAAUGUGGAGCUACGAGUGCAAGCAGAUACAAUGGGUUUUGCGACAAGGAUGGCUGUGAUUUUGCUUCUUAUCGUUGGGGUGCUAAAGAGUUCUACGGUCAAGGCAAGAAAGUGGAUACCAGCAAGAAGUUCACAGUCGUCACCCAAUUCAUUACCAAAGGCAAUACCGAUGAUGGAGAGCUCAUCGAAGUCCGUCGAAUGUACCGUCAGAAUGGGAAUCUCAUCAAGAACGAAGCCGUCAAAGUUAAAGGACUUGAUAAACCUGCAGACUCGUUGACCGACCAAUUUUGUCAGGCGAACAAGGCUGCCACUGGAGAUCAUGACUCCUUCAAGGAUCGUGGGGGUAUGAAGGCAAUGGGAGAGGCAAUGAAGAACGGCAUGGUUCUUGUGCUGAGUAUAUGGGACGACGCAACGGCCAAGAUGCAGUGGCUUGAUGGUAUCUAUCCUCCAAAUGGCUCUGCUGACAAGUAUGGCGUGAAACGCGGACCUUGUGACCCUAAUUCCGGCGAUCCAGGACCUCUUCGGGACAGCAAACCAGAUUCCCAAGUCACAUUUUCAAACGUCAAGAUCGGUCCAAUCGACAACUCAGCUGAGAAAUCCACUCCUGCCAAACAGAAACGGUCCACCUUUUAUAUCUGAGAACAGUUUUCUUUCAUUUUGUUUCAUUUUCCUUUUCACUCUCACUCUCAUCAUCAUCAUUUUCUUCUUCUUCUUACUUUCUUUGUACCAACUUCAAUACACUUCUCAAAGUCUAUACCUGUGUAAAAAUAGAAGAAGAAUCAUGUAUGUACUACUAGAUGACCCACAACUUUACAACUGUUCAACUUACAUUUCUUGUAUCUAGUAGAUCAAAAGACACUAUGAGAAAUCACAAAUGAAAUACUGAUUCAAUGCAGAAUCCACUUUAUACAAGAGCCAUUGUCUCUCUGG